AUGAGCACCUGGAUGAACGAAGCCGCGGUCCCCAACCACAAUGGCAACGCCUUCCCACACAUGAACGACUCGAACGCUGCCGGAGCCAUGAUGGAUCCCUCCGCCUUCAUGGGCAGCCCUGCCCACUUCAAUCCCGCUCAGUUUGCCAAUCCUCAACAGGCCCAGCAGGCCCAGCAACAGCAGGUUCAGCAUCACCAGCAGCAGCAGCAACAGCAGCAGCAGCAGCAGAUGGCCGCCAUGCAAAAUGGCCAGAUGCGCAACGCAUCGCCCUCAUCCUUCCAGAACCCCGCCUAUCAAACCAACUCAGUCGUUCCAUCAAAGCGACCUCGUCCUCGCGAGGACAGCAUCGCCGGCUCGCCGCGACAGAAUCCCGGCAUGCUGCCGACGUCGCGCUCCGAAACGCCCCAGACCUUCCCCGGCUAUCAACCCGGUAUGCCUCAACAGGCUCAAGGACAACCCUCGCCCUACCCCCAUCUCCAACCCAAUGGCUCCGCCAACGCGACGCCGUCUCCCAUCAUGGCGAACCAACUGCGACCCGGCAGUGUACCUCAGCGAGUCGCAACCGCGUCACCGCAUCCCUUCUCGCCCGGCGCCCAGCAGUUCGCGCCCCAAGCCUCCCCGAACCCUUCCGAACACGGCACCCCCCAACCGAACCACUAUAUGCAGCAGAACAUGCAGAAUAUGCCACAGGGCUAUAAUCCCAACUUCAACCCUUCCCAGUCGCCCGCGCGACCCUCUCCGAACCCAAACGCGAUGGCCGCCUCGGGCAUGAUGCCUCAGCAGAUGGGACAGAUGCCUCAGCAUAUGGGCCAGAUGCCGAACCAGAUGUUGCCUCCCAAUAUGCAACCACGAAACCCGAUGGAGCAGCAACAGAUGGCUGCCUACCAGGCGAGGUUGGCUAAACAACUUCAACAAGGGACGAUGCAGGGAAUGCAGAACAUGCAGAACAUGCAAAAUAUGCAAAGCAUGCAGAAUAUGCAGAUGGCGGCGCAGAUGCAGGCUCAGAACAUGGCUCAAGGCCGCGGCAUGAUGCCAAAGCAACCGAUGCAGAUGCCCAACGGCCAGAUGCAGCCAGGCGCCAUGCGACCCCAGCCCCAACAACGCCCGAUGCCCGGAUCGAACCCCGAAUCCUUCAUGAAGUCUCUCAACAACUUCAUGGCCGCCAAGGGCCAACAACUCGACCCCAAUCCGGUUAUUGGUAACCGCCCCGUCAAUCUCCUUACGCUCUUCCAAUCCGUACAAUCGAAAGGAGGCUACAAGCCCACGACCGCCGGCAAUCAAUGGCCUCAUGUUUCCAACAGCAUAGGCUUCCACCCCGGCCAGAUUCCUCAGGCGCCACAGAUGUUGAAGGAAAUCUACGAACGGAACCUGCUUCGCUUCGAAGAGGCCUGGGUCGCGCAGCAGAGCCGGCAGCGUAUGAUGCAGCAUCACAACCAGCCAGGCAUGCCGGGCCAGCCCGGUCAACCCGGUCAGCCCGGUCCACCUAUUCCGCCCGGUGCCCAACCUCAGUCGACUCCUACGAAGCAGCAAAUGUCCCCGCAAGGUCAUUUGCCGCCCCAGCAGCCAAUGAUGCCUCAGAGUCAGCCGAACAUGCCUCCUCAGCAGGUCCAGACUCCCGUCAAGCAGGGGUCAUUCAGCGGCCAGCCUCCGUCGGUCAACGGGUUCCAAACUCCUCAAGCACCAGGGCCACAUACUCCCGCGACUGCGCAGCAGGGCCACGCCCGCAAUAGCCUUUCGCGGAGCGUCGAGCCAACGCCAGGCCAUCCUCAGGUUUUCCCCUCAGCGUCCCCAGCAUCCGUCAAAGGUGGAGGGAUGCCCAUGGCCGCGCCUCCUGGGAUGGACCAAAACCCGAUGGCGGCGUCUAUCAAACCCCGCAUGCUGCGACUGGCCCACGAAUCCGACGAAUACACGCCGAGCGCUCGCCCUCUCGAGACCUACGGCGGAAUCAACGUCCGGGCAUUUGACUUGAAGGGUCUGGAACUCCAAAGCCUGAAACCUGACAUUCCCCCACCGUACGAGCUGGGGUAUGUAGAUUUGCAUGCCCUCACGCGGAGCUUAGAAUCCGGCAUUCACGGCGAAGUCCGCCUUGCCCUCGACACCCUUGCGACCGUUACGGCGACCCAGCAUCAGGCGCUGCACAUCCACCUGAAGUACUGCGAGGAACUCAUUGAAGCGCUUCUCGAGUGUGCCGAAGAACAGCUGGACUUGCUUGUGGAGAACACAGAAGAGGCUUCGGCCGACAUCCAGCUGGCCCCCUACGAGGACGUGGCACGCGCCUGCUGGACCGACAAGAUGGGUGUUAGGGAGCUGCCCAAGUUCGGGUCGCUAGAUUACGAGCUCGACCGAGCUGUUGAGCGCUUCUCCUGCGUCAUCACCAUUCUGCGCAACCUGUCCUUUCCUGAAGCCUCCAACGAGAACCAUCUUGUACUGGGCGAUGAGCUAGUGAUUAAGUUCCUUUGCGUCGUCAUCAGGUAUCUCGGCACCCGGAACAUGCUGUUCCGGACAAACGCAAACACGCUGGAGUUUAUGAAGGACGCCAUCAUCCUCCUGUCCAACAUUGCGGGCGCGGUUGAGAUUCCCGGCCGCGAGCAGGCUUUGUGUCUUUUGCACUUCUUGCUGGCUUUUGCGCCAGCACCAGGGCCAACAACCAUGGACGACAAGCUCUACUUCCCGCCCUAUCAGCCUGGUGUCCACACGUACACUUUCCACGCCGUAGACGCGCUGGCCAGAUUUCUGGCCAGAGACGAGCCCAACAGAACGCACUACAAGAUGCUGUAUUCUAUGGAUGCUAGCAGCAGUCCGCCGUACGACUUGUUGACGCGUUCUUUUGCUCUCGCUACGACCGUCGUUCCCAUCCAGUCGCCCGAAUCCGCCGUGGCACACAUCGAGGCUCCAGAACGGUUCUUCCGGCUCGUCGAGGAUCGCAAGCCGUGGUUGAUGCAGGGCCUCCUGGCUGCGGAUAUCCUCGCCUCCCUGGCUCCAGGGUACGAAACAGGCGUUGCCAAAUCAUGGCUUUCCAGCGGCAACGGGUUUGCGCAAGCCCUGUAUCAUUUUGUGCAGGUGCUGGGAGCCCAGUUCGAGCAGCCGUGGCAAACACGUAGCGGCCAAGGUGAUCCCGCGGGUCGUGACACGGGGCUGGUAUAUAUUGCGACGUCGGGUAUCUCGACUCUGCGGAGACUAGCAGAAAAGUCCCGCGAUCCCAACGACCCCAGGUCGUCUGUACCAGCGGAUUCGUUGCCUUCGGAGGAAAGCCUAUUCAAGAUGAUGCUGAUGCGGUCGCCAGACUGGACCAAGGAUGGCGUGAUCCGGAACCUUGCGGUUUACGCGUCAGUGGACUCUUGA